UCUCCCUUAAUUUUCAUUUGUUUUUCAUAUCUGAUCCGACGAUCCGUUACACUCAAUUCAGCUCCUGCUACGGCGAAAAAUGUUGUCGUUUCUCUUAUCGACCUACAAGAAUAUUGUCGCUGUCAAUGUUGUUUAUGGAUUUCUAGCUUUAAUUUGCUUGAACGCUCAACUUCUGCCUCAAGGAGAAGUACAAGUUCUUCAAACAAUUUCUCAGAAGCUAGAGUUGAGCCGUUUUUGGAACAAGGUAAACGAAAGUUCUUGCAAUCGGCUGGAUGUAGACUUCAACAACAAAAACAUCUCUUCAAAUCCAGAUAUUCGGCACGAGGUCACCUGCAAUUGUUCUUACGACAGUAACACCGUUUGCCACGUCAGCAGAAUCCUGUUGAAGGGCCUCAAUUUAGCAGGAGCUUUGCCUGAGGAGUUUGGAAACCUUACGCAUCUGCAAGAACUUGAUCUGACUCGCAACUACUUCCAUGGAUCAAUCCCUCCAAGCUUCUCUCGUGCUCCGCUUCGCAUUCUAUCUCUUUUGGGAAACCGGCUCAAUGGUUCAAUUCCUGUGGAGAUUGGUGACAUUUCUACUCUCACGGCUCUGGUGUUGGAGCAAAAUCAGCUCCAAGGGAGUCUUCCUGAAGCGCUUGGGGGUUUGAGUAACUUGGAAAGACUUGCUCUGUCUUCAAACAAUUUUACAGGAACAAUACCAAAAAAAAUUGGGAAUCUAAAGAACUUAACUGAAUUUAGGAUAGAUGGGAACGGAAUAUCAGGACAGAUACCUAGUUUUAUUGGAAACUGGACAAAACUUAAGAGACUGGAUAUGCAAGGAACGUCAAUGGAGGGUCCUAUCCCCAACAUGUCUCGUUUAAUAAACUUGACUGAAUUGAGGAUAUCUGAUUUAAGCGGACCGAUUAGACCUUUCCCUGACGGUUUCAAGGAUUUGCAAAGUUUGGAAAGAUUGAUUUUGAGGAAUUGUUCAAUUAAUGGUGAGAUUCCUGAGUACAUCGGAAACUUGGCGUCUUUAAGAACAUUAGACCUAAGUUUCAACAGGUUGACUGGUGAGAUCCCAUGGAAAGCCGAGGACCGGUAUCUGGGGAACAUAGAUUUCCUGUAUUUGACCAAUAAUUCUCUGACUGGAGAAGUGCCGAAUUGGAUGAGGCAGAGUAGAAAGCCUUUUGAUUUAUCUUACAACAAUUUUAAUGGGACACCACCAGGUUCUUGUGGACAAAUGGAAAAUGUGAAUCUUGUUUCUGGUUACUCGUCUCUGGAGGGUCCAUCAUCAACUUCAACAAACAACUGGUGCUACAAGAAGGAUCUUCCCUGCUCUGAACCAAAAUUUCAUUCUUUGUAUAUCAAUUGUGGAGGGCCAACUUUUGGUGAAUAUGAAGCCGACCAAGGGGCUGGUGGGCCAUCAUACUUUCUUAGUUCAUCACUACUAAAAUGGGCUUAUAGCAGUACGGGGGAUUACAUGGAUGGUGGGAAUAACCAGAAUUACACGGUUGCAGCUGCAUCUUCUUCAAAUGAGACUUAUCAAGAAAUUUUUCAAACAGCUCGCAUUGCCCCCCUAUCACUCAAGUAUUACGGCCUUUGCCUGCGACAAGGCAGUUACACAGUGACACUCCACUUUGCUGAAAUAAUGUAUUCUGAUGACCAGACAUUUAGCAGUCUUGGAAAGCGCAUAUUUGAUAUUGUAAUUCAAGGCAAGACACAUUUGAAGGAUUUCAAUAUUGUGGAGAAGGCUGGAGGUGUCAACAUAGGCUACAAUCUGACAUUUGAUGGUAUCGUUGUUGAAGGUAGCACUUUAGAGAUCCACUUAUACUGGGCGGGUAAAGGAACUACUGCUAUUCCUGACAAAGGUGUCUAUGGACCUCUUAUAUCUGCCAUCAGUGUGACAUCGAACGAUGACUUUGAUACUGAGGGCUUAUCUGUUGGAGCUAUUGCUGGCAUUGUAGCGUCAACUUGCUUGCUUGUCAUACUUAUUUUGUUGGUUCUCCGAAUGAGGGGAUAUUUAGGGGGGAAACACCUUCAAGAUGAAGAACUACGUGGGUUAGAACUUCAAACAGGAUAUUUCUCAUUACGACAAAUCAAAUCUGCCACUGGUAAUUUUGACCUUGCAAACAAGAUAGGUGAAGGAGGCUUUGGACCAGUUUACAAGGGUGUACUGGCGAAUGGCAGUAUAAUUGCUGUUAAGCAGCUCUCAUCCAAAUCAAAGCAGGGUAAUCGUGAAUUUGUUAAUGAGAUAGGCAUGAUAUCUGCAUUGCAACAUCCAAAUCUUGUGAGACUACAUGGUUGCUGUAUUGAAGGAAAACAAUUGCUGCUUGUAUAUGAAUACAUGGAAAACAACAGUCUCGCCCGCGUGCUUUUCGGUCGUGAGGAAAACCGGUUAGACCUGGAUUGGCCAACUAGGCAGAAGAUAUGCUUGGGGAUAGCAAGGGGUUUAGCUUAUCUUCAUGAAGAGUCGACAUUGAAAAUUGUUCAUAGAGAUAUAAAGGCAACCAAUGUGCUACUUGAUAAGGAUCUAAAUGCCAAGAUAUCUGAUUUCGGUUUAGCUAAGCUUGAUGAAGAAGAAAAUACCCAUAUCAGUACACGAAUUGCCGGAACAAUAGGUUAUAUGGCUCCUGAAUACGCAACCAGAGGUUACUUGACUGACAAAGCAGACGUGUACAGCUUUGGCGUUGUAGCUUUAGAGAUUGUCACUGGAAAGAGCAACACAAAUUACAGGCCAAGAGAGGAGUUUGUUUAUCUUCUGGAUUGGGCCUAUGUCAUACAAGAACAAGGAAAUCUUUUAGACCUUGUGGAUUCUAGUCUUGGUUCAAACUACUCCAAAAAGGAGGCUCUGACAAUGCUUAACCUGGCGCUCUUAUGUACCAACCAGUCUCCCAGUCUUAGACCAAUUAUGUCCGCCGUGGUCAGUAUGCUCGAAGGCAAAAUCCCGGUCCGAGCACCAGUAGUCGAUUGCAGCAAGAAUGGCCAGAAUGCGAGGUUCAAGGCCUUUGAGAAGCUGGCACUGGACAACCAAACUGAUUUCUCUUUGUACUCCAACACAAGUCAACAAUUAGGCAGUUCUACAGAUGGGACGUGGGUGGAUUCCUCUGGUUCUCUCCAAAGUAAGGAUGAUCAUCUGGAUACCUCCUCAUCAAGAAAGCGUCUUUAGAAUCUUUGGUCGUUUGAAUUUAGAGGGAAAAUACUCAGAAAAUGAAAGUUCUAAUCAGUUUUGUCUACAAUAUUCCUCUGCAAAGUUGUUCUAUAUUAUUGUGACAACGGUUUGUCGUAUUUCAAUAAACUUGAGAGAAAAUUUCACUCUGUUGCUCGCCUGUUCUUUUACUCUAUUUUUGUGAAAACAAACUCGAGAGAAAUUCUCUUCUGCACUCCUCAUCUUGAGGCCACAAAGAGAAUAAAAUAAGGGAAUGCUUCCUUUGUGUUGGAAUAGUCGGCAGCACCAACCC